AUGCCCACACUCAAUACUUCUGCCUCUCCACCCACAUUCUUCUGGGCCAAUGCCUCCGGAGGCAGUGUGCUGAGUGCUGAUGAUGCUCCGAUGCCUGUCAAAUUCCUAGCCCUGAGGCUCAUGGUUGCCCUGGCCUAUGGGCUUGUGGGGGCCAUUGGCUUGCUGGGAAAUUUGGCGGUGCUGUGGGUACUGAGUAACUGUGCCCGGAGAGCCCCUGGCCCACCUUCAGACACCUUCGUCUUCAACCUGGCUCUGGCGGACCUGGGACUGGCACUCACUCUCCCCUUUUGGGCAGCCGAGUCGGCACUGGACUUUCACUGGCCCUUCGGAGGUGCCCUCUGCAAGAUGGUUCUGACGGCCACUGUCCUCAACGUCUAUGCCAGCAUCUUCCUCAUCACAGCGCUGAGCGUUGCUCGCUACUGGGUGGUGGCCAUGGCUGCGGGGCCAGGCACCCACCUCUCACUCUUCUGGGCCCGAAUAGCCACCCUGGCAGUGUGGGUGGCGGCUGCCCUGGUGACGGUGCCCACAGCUGUCUUCGGGGUGGAGGGUGAGGUGUGUGGUGUGCGCCUUUGCCUGCUGCGUUUCCCCAGCAGGUACUGGCUGGGGGCCUACCAGCUGCAGAGGGUGGUGCUGGCUUUCAUGGUGCCCUUGGGCGUCAUCACCACCAGCUACCUGCUGCUGCUGGCCUUCCUGCAGCGGCGGCAAUGGCGGCGGCAGGACAGCAGGGUCGUGGCCCGCUCUGUCCGCAUCCUGGUGGCUUCCUUCUUCCUCUGCUGGUUUCCCAACCAUGUGGUCACUCUCUGGGGUGUCCUGGUGAAGUUUGACCUGGUGCCCUGGAACAGUACUUUCUAUACUAUCCAGACGUAUGUCUUCCCUGUCACUACUUGCUUGGCACACAGCAAUAGCUGCCUCAACCCUGUGCUGUACUGUCUCCUGAGGCGGGAGCCCCGGCAGGCUCUGGCAGACACCUUCAGGGAUCUGCGGUCGAGGCUGUGGCCCCAGGGCGGAGGCUGGGUGCAACAGGUGGCCCUAAAGCAGGUAGGCAGGCGGUGGGUCGCAAGCAACCCCCGGGAGAGCCGCCCUUCUACCCUGCUCACCAACCUGGACAGAGGGACACCCGGGUGAAGGGCGCAAGCUGAACACGCUCCUCUUUCUGAGAUCCACCAAGUGUAGGAUCCUCGAGUCCUGGGGAGAAGCUGCCCUCUCUGCCAGGCUGCAGUGCCCUCAGGGAAAAGUCUGAUCUUUGAUCCCCAACUCUGGGUGUGGUGAAUGGGGGAGGCGGGGGCUCAGAUCAGAGCUGGAUGUGACAAAGCUUAAGUCUUUAUUUGGAGAUGGGAAAGAAGAGGAUCUGAGAAUAAACCUCUGGAUUAUCCACAAAUUGUCUUGACCUUUUAUCCCAGUUCCACCUCCAGUUCAGUAUGGAACAAAAGGAUUCGUUGCUCCAUUUCUGCCUUCUGCAAGAAUACCUAGGAAAACUUCCCUAAGGGUUCUAGGCUAAUGAAUCAGAGGUCAGUGCCCAUCUCUCUCUGUACCCACCCCCCACCUCAAAACAGGGUAUCCCUUGUCUUUCUCCGGUAUCAAGGCCAAAAAUGCCGGCUUCCCCUGUCCUCACCUUACCAUCUCAGUGGUGACCACUGAAACUUGCUGCCUGCAGAGGCCUCAGCUGCAAAAGCUGUAGUUCCCCUGAAGAGAUGCCAGGUGUGGGGUAUUGCUGGAAUUUCCAGCACCUGCCAGGCCCUGGGUGUAAAACCCUGGUGCUGAUGGGAGUGCCUGUGUGUCUCCCUUUAAAUCAGGAUUUGAAAGAAGUGAAGAUAAUGACAAGUCAAAGACAUGGGUGGGGUGAAGGGAGGUGAGCGAUUAAAGAGGGGAGGGGGCUGGGAGAACAGGCUGCAGGUAGAGCCAGAAAAGCAGAGACCUCAGAAAGUGGUGCUAGUCCUCCCUGCCCCAAAUGCAAAGCCCAGAGUAUCAAUUUGAGUGUCAGAGCACCUGGAUUCACAGCUUUACCUCCAGCAAAUUACUUUACCUCUUUGUACCUCACUGUUCUCAACUGUAAAAUGGGCUACUAAAGAUUUAACAGUUAAAUAUACUGUUAGCUAUUAUUCUUUUUUGUUUGUUUGUUUGUUUGUUUUUUCGAGACAGAGUCUCGUUCUGUCGCCCAGGCUGGAGUGCAGUGGUGUGAUCUCAGCUCACUGCAACCUCUGCUUCCCGGGUUCAAGCGAUUCUCCUGCCUCAGCCUCCCGAGUAGCUGGGACUACAGGCUCCCGCUACCACGCCUGGCCAAUUUUUUGUAAUUUUUAAUAGAGACAGAGUUUCACCAUAUUGGCCAGGCUGGUCUCAAACUCCUGACCUCUAGUGAUCUGCCCACCUCGGCCUCCCAAAGUGCUGGAAUUACAGGCGUGAGCCACCGCACCCGGUCGAGCUAUUAUUCUUAUACCCUGUGUAAAAUGGAGACAGAGAGAUGGGAGGAAAUAAGCGUGCAGCUGGGAGAUGGGGAUGGGGAACCAUGUCUCAGCUGGAAUGGUUGUAUAUGCUCUGAAGUGGGGUAUAAUGAAAGUCUCACAUAAAGAACUCAGAGGUUGGCCCCUAAGCCCCUCUUGAAGAUGUGUUCUCCAGGACAGGGGCUCCUCUUUGGUUCCUGUAUUGAGAUGCAUCAAUGAUAAAGGUUAGCCAUCAGAAGGAUUCUCUGGGAGGCAGCCCCUAGAAAGGAGGGAGGCAGAGGGAAGAUGAGGUAGAGCUCCCACUUCCACUGCCCCCCAACCCCCCCCGGCCCGCCCCGCCCCAAGCUCUCUGGCAUGACUUGUAACCUAUGAGGACACAGGCUGCUCAGGCUCCUGAGGCAGCAGCUGGGAGCAGUGCCGCCUUAUUAAGUGCAGAGUGCCCUGUGAAGGGGGAGGCCACAGUGCCUCCAGGUGCCCCCUGUCCCAGUUCCUUUAAUUGCUGGGCAGAGGAGGCUCCAAAGAGGCACCCAAUUCACAACAGAUUAAGCAAUGUGAAAGGAACUUAAUUAGCCUCUUGUUUAAUUUCCUCUUUUUGAUGAUGUUUAAACUAGUUCCAAAACUCCAGGUCUAUUCCUAGCCCAUGCAGGCAAUGGAAAAUCCCUCCCCACCUAAGCACCCAUCUUCCCACCCCAGCAGCUCCCUCUGAUGGCUUUGCUGGGCUCCGGAUAUUGGCUCCUCUGGGGGCAUCUCUGCUUUAUGGGCCCCAGAGGUAAAUAUUGACAAAGUGUACACAGGUCCAAGUUAGAGAUGAAUUACAUGCACAAAGACCUACUCUUGUGGGGGAGUGGAACGAGGAGGGUGCAGUGGAGGAUGGAGAAGGGAGGGCUGGGCAGAGCAGGCGGCCUGGAGCUCCCCUUGGAACGGAGGGAAGGCAAUGUUUUGGUGAGAACCUGGGCCCUGGCUCCCUGGAACACCAAGCCAAAUGGCUUUGAAACUUCAGCAGGAGGGACAGAGGUUAAGGCUGUGGGUUCCCAAAAGUGGGUUAGGGAGGGGACAGGGGACACAACGGUCAAAGAUGUGAGGAAGAGGCCUAGCUCUCAGGAGUAGACACAUCAGACAAAUGCUUGUGCCCCAUGUUCUGGGGCUGAAGAUGUGUGUGUGUGUGUGUGUGUGUGUGUGUGUGUGUGUGUGUGUGUGUGGAGGGGGUUGGUACGGGGUGGCAGAAGGGACAGCACUGCUUCAAAGAAAGCAGCGGGGGACUUCACACCCACUCUGGGCUGUGUCUCCAGGUUUCCAUGUUCUCUGCUGACCAGCAUCUCUCAUUGGAUCUGUGGGGCAUUCUGGGAGAGCCUGCAUUCCCCUUUCUUGGUGGUCUCUGCAUGCUGUCUAAUAUCCUCACCCUACCCCCACCUACCUUCCUUCCCCACCUAAAGAUGCCACCCUCACAGCUCUGGGUCGGAGCUACUUCCAGCUGACCUGGAAGACAGCUGCUGAGCCCUGUGUCCCUGCGUGUGAAAUGUGAAGCCCUGGUGGUUUUUUUUUUUCUUUUCUCCAGGCAGGGUCUUGCUCUGUCGCCCAGGCUGGAGUGCUGGAGUGCAGUGGCACAAUCUCGGCUCACUGCAACCUCUGCCUCCCGGGUUCAAGCAAUUCUCCCACCUCAGCCUCCCAGGUAGCUGGGAAUACAGGUGCCCGCCAUCACGCCCGGCUAAUUUUUGUAUUUUUAGUAAAGAUGGGGUUUCACCAUGUUGGCCAGGCUGGUCUCGAACUCCUGGCCUCAAGUGAUCCACCCAACUCAGCUUCCCAAAGUGCUGGGAUUACAGGCGUGAGCCACUGCACCCAGCCAGCCCUGGUAUUUUUAGGCAGAGUAGCCAAGAGAGAAAAGUGGUGGACUGGAACUAAGAAGGCCGGCCCCCUCCUGGCCUGGCAAGCUUCGUGCACCUAGGUUUCCCGGCCCAUAAAAUGAGAACAAUUCCCCAUUCUCAGGAUCCCCGUAAUGGCUGAGAAAGCACCUUGUAAAGGCUUGAUGCUGGUGGAUGAGUUACAGAAGGGGAGGGUGCUGGCUGCUCCCCCAGCCUGCUCCCCACGUGACUUCAAUUCCUCUUUCUAGCUGAGGGCCUGAGCCCCCUUCUGAUCUGACCCCACAGGCUCCAACAGGGAUGUGAAUUCAUACCAGCAUUUAUACAACCCUAGACUCUCACCUCCUCCCCUCCCCCACAGCCCCAAAGUAAGUACCAACUGGGAACAGGAAGUAAAACCAACUAAAACCAAGAACUGAAACCAGCUCAUCUCUCACUGCCUCUCAAAGAGGGACAGUAAAUGAGCAGCUCCUGUGACGGGUAACCCCAGGGCCCGACAUCAUGGAGAUCAACAAGGGCCUAGUGGGGGAUGGAUCUGACAAUGAAUGACACUGGGGAUGGGGGCAAUAGGUGGAGGUGAUUGCUGAGUAUGGCAUACAAAUACGAUGAACACACUUUUCCUGAUACCGGAAUUCCCAACAUUGGAACCUGUGUGCCCCUUUGUUUUUAUCCUUGUAUUUGUGAAUUAAAAAAAGAAAAAAAAGAUUUGCAGUGGUUACUUUUGUUAGUGCCCCCUCUCUUCAGUGAGGCAGAGGCUGUCCUUGCGGUGAGAGGAAAAGGCCCCUUUCAGAGGAACUUAGGUCACUGCCUGGCUCUCUACUACCAUCCUCCUCAGAAUUGGCAGACAUUAUGGAAGACAGUACCUUAUGGAGUUCCAGGUUUUUAAUUUUCCCUGAAUUUUUUUUUUAAACAAGAAAAUUGGCAAGAAGAAAAUUCUUCGACAUUUGGGGGCUGGUCGACAUUUGGGGGCAGGGGUUCCACUGAAAAAUCCCCCAAAUUCACGCUGAGGUUUCAGGUCAUGGUUGCUGAGGUGGAAGAUGAGGUCAGGGCUCUUGGAGAUUUUCCAACCCACCCUAGAACUUGUUUCUAAAUGGUUGGGGAAGAGGUCAGUAUAGGUCCCCCCGUUACUGCAGAUGAAGGCAGAAGUCAUUCUCUCCCCCACCCCUCAACUUCUUCAGAAAUGUGGAGAUAGGAGGCUUCGAUCUCUAAUUGCCUACGAUCUCUUAAAAA